GGCGAGCACGCGUCCACUGAUUUGAACAGUCUCCAAGCUUCUCUUCCCUGCUCCAGUUCCUCGCGUCCAGAUAUUAUAUAGUGCAUCUCAUCUUCCUGCUUUGCUGAAUUCUCACCCCAAAUCACCUGAGCAUUCGUACUAAUCCGGCCAUCCCUGAGUUUGGGUCGUGACAUGAUCGUGGAGCUUUGAUUCUGGGUUGGGGUUCGUGAGGAGGGGGAGGGGAUGGGGGCGCUGCCGCAGCCGGAGGAGGCGGUGGCGCUGGUGAAGCUGUGGGUGGCGGCGAGGAAGAUGAAGCGCCAGAUCCCGCCCGAGGAGCACUGGGCCUUCUGCUACGACAUGCUCCAGAAGGUCUCCCGCAGCUUCGCGUUCGUCAUCCAGCAGCUCGGGCCCGACCUCCGCAAUGCCGUGUGCAUCUUCUACCUCGUGCUCCGGGCCAUGGACACCGUCGAGGACGACACCAGCAUUCCAGCCGAGGAGAAGCUGCCCAUCCUCCAGGAUUUCUACCGCAAUGCCUACGACCCAAACUGGCGUUUUUCAUGUGGAACAAACCACUUCAAAGUGCUGAUGGAUAAGUUCCGAUACGUCUCGACGGCUUUCCUGGAACUGGAUCAAGGAUAUCAAAAGCCAAUUGAAGAAAUCACUAGGCUAAUGGGAGCAGGAAUGGCAAAAUUUAUAUGUCAGGAGGUUGAAACUAUUGAUGACUAUGAUGAGUAUUGCCACUAUGUAUCAGGGCUAGUAGGCUAUGGACUUUCUAGGCUCUUUCAUGCUGCUGGGACAGAAGAUCUGGCUUCAGACCAGCUUUCAAAUUCAAUGGGUUUGUUCCUGCAGAAAAACAGUAUAAUAAGGGAUUAUUUGGAGGACAUAAAUGAGAUACCAAAGUGCCGUAUGUUCUGGCCUCGAGAAAUAUGGAGUAAAUAUGUUGAUAAGCUUGAGGGCCUCAAGUAUGAGGAAAAUUCAGAAAAAGCAGUGCAAUGCUUGAAUGAUAUGGUGACUAAUGCUUUGAUCCACGCUGAAGAUUGCCUUCAAUACAUGUCAUCGUUGAAAGAUUAUACCAAUUUUCGCCUUUGUGCAAUACCUCAGAUAACGGCAAUUGGGACAUUUGCUAUUUUCUACAAUAAUGUGAAUAUCUUUAGAGGAGCUGUUAAGAUGAGGCGUGGGCUAAUUGCACGAAUAAUUGAUGAGACAAGAUCAAUGACAGAUGUAUAUUCUGCUUUCUAUGAGUUCUCUUCAUUGCUAGAAUCGAAGAUUAAUGAUAACGACCCAAGUGCUGCGCUGACACGGAAGCGUGUGGAUGCAAUAAAGAAAACUUGCAAGUCAUCCGGUUUGCUAAAGAGAAGGGGAUAUGACCUGGAAAAGUCGAAGUAUAGUUCUAUGCUGAUCAUGCUUGCACUUCUUCUGGUGGCUAUUAUCUUUGGUGUACUAACGCCAAGUGCUUCGGUCAACAUGGUCCUUGUAUAUUCUAAGUGACACCACCUAUCCUUGUAAGGCAAUCUGUUUCUUAGUAACAAACUGACAAUAUUUCGUUUGUAACCUUUGAUUCCGGCAAACUCCGCGCUUCACAACGCCGAUUCUGAAUUGCAUUGCGUAAGUUUCACA